AUGUUGCGUUUAUGGCCAGGGCAUUAUCGUCAUUUAAUGAGAAAAACGCUAAAAGGUUUCGUCUCGAUAUAUAAAUAAACAAAGUCAUCUUCCAACAACCCUAGCCGGCUCAUUGUGCAAGCACUUUCUCUUCGAGAUGGCGAAGUCUAAGAAUCACACAGCUCAUAACCAGUCCUACAAGGCCCACAAAAAUGGCAUCAAGAAGCCCAAGAGGCAUCGCCACACUUCCACCAAAGGGAUGGACCCCAAGUUUCUGAGGAAUCAGAGGUACGCUAGGAAGCACAACAAGAAGGAUGGUGAAACUGCUUCCGAGGAAGAGUAAAGUGGAAGCACUUUCUAACGGAAUCUUUAGGGUUUUUAAACUGUUUUUUUUUCUUUAAACGGUAAACUUUGUUCGGAAUUGUUUGGAAUCAAUUUUCAGUAGUAUAAUUACUUUGUUCAGAGAAUGCAGUACUCUUCUAAUUUUGUUUUCCUGGUUUCUGUUGAAGAAGACCCUUGAUUUUUAUUUUUUUUAUCAAAUGGAAUGAAUGUUAUCUUUUUAAUCA